CAAGCGCCAAACCUUGACCGUCGUUUUCAUCACUGUGCUAAGUAGAAACCUGCUUGUCCCGAAUUGCCUCGCAUAGCAGAAGCCACAACAAUAUUCUACAGAUGGAGUUUUACCUUGAAGAAGGGAAACAACAAAACCCUUCUUGCUCGACUUUGAUUCUGCCGGCAUUAUCGAUAGGAAAUGUGGGGCAGCUCGCCGUGGAUCUGUUAAUAUCGUCUCUUAAAUCUGAGAAAAUCGGCUAUUUGGACGAUCCCAACGUACUUCCUUGUGUUGGCAACGACGCUUAUUCCCCCUCGCCUCUUGGGAAAUUAGCUCUCCCACUAGAAGUGUAUGAAUCUUCUUCGAGUGCAUUGACACUUGUGCAACAACGGUCUCCAGUUAUUAAGGGUAUGAUGAUGGAAUAUGCUAAGAACAUGGCAAACUUUGCAGCUGAAAAUGGGAAGAAGCACGUCAUCAUACUCUCCAGCUUGGAUUUUGGUCGAUGGAAAAACAUCAAUAUGUCUUGCGGCUUGCAGAUAUACUACUUAUCUAGUUCCAGUGUGGAUGGGGUCGAUGCUGACUGUGAAUGCCUUGGAUGGAAUAAACUUCAAGAUUACAAUCCUGAUCAAAGAGCAUGGAAAUAUCUCAAUAUGUUAGUGGCAGAUGGGUUCACCCCUGAUGAAGAUUUUCCUUCUGAAGAACUUGAAGAUGCAGAUUAUUAUCCAAGUUUGCCCUUUGCUGCACUCUUUUCCUGCUUUAAGGCUAAAGGUCUUAAAGUUACUUGCGUACUGUGUUUCUGCUCUGAGGGAGACAACAUACCUGAAGCUUUCUCUAUGGCUGAGGCAGCAAGCAUGCUUACUGGACUUAGCAAUAAGGAGUUCCUAGGCAGUGGUUCCGAUAAGUGGAUUGUGCCAUUCUCCUGGCAGAGUGUGUAUGGACCCCCAGCAGAUAUGACUCUUUUCUAGGCACACCCAAGUUGAUUUUCUAGAUGGUUGAUUUUGUAUUACUUUCUCCAUUUUUUUGGGGGAUUAUCUAAGAUUCAUAUAUUUGAAAAGGCAUUGGUUCACCCAGGUUCGGUCCUUUGGUUCAAUAUGAAUUCGUGUAUUCGCUUUUCGAUUGCCCCUGUUGUUUGUUCUACCAAAAAAAAAAAAAAAANCAAAAAAA